AGCCGCGCGGCGCACGCGCAGUGUACCGCCAACCGCGAAUCGCGCGCGCGUGUUCAUAUAACUCGUAUGUUCAAACAUCAUCGCGAUUUCUUUCCACUAAAGCAUAUAUAAAAAAAAAUAAACAAAUUUUUAUAGACAUUUAAAAUGUUCUAGAAUCGUGACACAGUUUUAUUAAUUUUUCCAAGUGAUAUACCAAUAAAGUGCGUUAUUCUGAGGCAAAAUGUCGAGUGCCUUAGCGUUACUGCAGGGUUUGGGGCAGAAGGUUCGAGGCAAAGAACAUGACUGCAGGACACUACACAUCAAUAUACCCCCGCCUACAAAUGUGGAUAUUGAGUUUAGGAACAUUACCAUGACUGUUUCUAUGGGAAUCGCAAACAAGAAAAAGAAAACAAUCUUGAAUAAUGUAUCAGGAUUUUUCAAGUCGGGUCAAUUGACUGCAAUCAUGGGGCCAUCAGGUGCAGGGAAGUCAUCACUUAUGAACACACUAACAGGAUUUUGUGUAAAUGGCGUCAAAGGUACCGUUCGCGCCGGAGAUACUGUUUGUGAAUUGAGCAAGAACUGUUCAGAAGGUGCUUUACAAACGUAUCGUAAAAAAUCCUGUUACAUCCUGCAAGAUGACAGAUUGAACCCGCUGUUUACCGUCAGCGAACUCAUGAAUUUUGCAGCCGAUUUAAAAAUAGGAAACAUGCUUACGAAGAAGUUAAAGGACUCGAUAAUAGUUGAUGUGUUAGAAACGCUCGGUUUGACGGGCACUGAGAACACUAGAGCUGGUAACUUGUCCGGUGGUCAGAGGAAAAGAUUGUCAAUUGCCUUGGAAUUAAUUGAUAAUCCACCAGUUGUAUUUCUCGAUGAACCAACCACCGGAUUGGACAGCCUCACCACAAGCCAAUGUAUGAGUAUGUUGAAGGAACUAGCUCGAGGCGGGAGAACAAUAAUAUGCACGAUACACCAACCUACCGCUCUCAUCUACAAAAUGUUUGAUCAGGUAUAUAUUUUAGCCGAAGGAAUGUGCAUUUAUGAUGGUCCCAGUGACAAUACCGUCCCAUAUUUAUCGACGAUGGGCUUUAACUGUCCGGUGUUUCACAAUCCCGCUGAUUAUAUUUUAGAAAUAGCGAAUGGAGAAUACGGUAAUUUCAAUGAACUCCUCGCAGCAAGGUGCAUAAGAGACCAAAAGUUAGAAAAAGUUGUCCAACAACUUGAAGAAGAAUCCGCAAAGUUUGCAUGUGGAAAAAUGUCCAUUAUUGUGAAGCAACCGCAGGAGAUUCACAAAUUUGGCGUCCUGUUUAGACGAUGUCUGAUUCAACAAUAUCGAGACUGGUCAAUGACACAUCUAAAAGUUGCACUGCAUGUCUUGAUUGGUGUCCUACUUGGGUUAUUAUACGACAAUACUGGCAGCAAUGGGUCGAAGACAUUCAACAAUCUUGGGUUUCUGAUCGUAUCUGUUACCUACUUGUGCUAUACAUCUGUGAUGCCUGCCGUUCUUAGAUUUCCUGAUGAAUUGCCUGUGUUAAAAAAAGAGAAUUUUAACAAUUGGUACAGCUUGAAGACUUACUACGCGGCCAUUUUGGUAACGACAAUGCCGUUACAAAUUUGGUAUAGUAUAGUGUACUCCACGCCUGCCUACAUACUCACAGGCCAACCUAUCGAGCUAUCUCGUUUUUUUAUGUUCGUGUUUGCGUUGGCCAAUGUUACUUUGUUGGCCGAUUCGAUAGGCAACGUUAUUGGAACCUGCGUUAAUCCCAUUAACGGGACAUUCCUCGGUGCAAUAACAACAUGCGUGAUGCUUGGAUUCGCCGGGUUCCUGGUACUGAUACCGCAUAUGCAUCCAAUUAUGCAAUUUGUGUCUUAUGGAUCCUUCAUGAGGCACAGCUUCGAAGCUGUCGUCAUAUCUCUGUACUCAUUUAAUAGGGUACCACUUCAUUGCCCAGAUGACGUCACCUAUUGUCACCUUAGGUACAAACUAAUUAUCGUAAGUUUAGUUUUAAUGGGAACAGUUGAUCUCAGUGAAGUGAGUUACUAUGAAAUAUUGGGGGUAUCUAAACAGGCCUCAACUCAAGAGAUAAGGCAAGCAUACAAAAAGUUAGCUAUUAAAUUACAUCCCGAUAAAAAUUCAAAUGAAGAUGAACAAGAGAGGUUCUUAAAAAUAACAGAAGCCUAUGAAACUCUCAAGGAUCCAGAGAAAAGACAGAAUUAUGACAAAUAUGGAUCGCACCAGGCUUACACUAGGAAGUAUGAUUAUAAUUCACAAUCGGAAUACAACAAUUUAUUCAUGAAAGGAUUGUAUCAUAAGGACCGCAAUGUGGAGACUCUGUCACCAGCAACAUAUAAGAAUUUCUUUACAAAUGACCCCCUUUUUAUCAAUUUUUACUCACCAUUCUGCCCGCCAUGUCAAAAUUUGGCAGAUGACUGGAAGAAAUUUGCUGAAGUGUAUAAGGGAAUUGUAAAAGUUGGUGCGGUGAAUUGUAAAUACUACAACUCGUUUUGCUAUCACUCUAUGAGGAUAGGUAAUUAUCCAUCGUUGUAUUUUUAUCCUAAUGGCAAAGACGGAAGCUUCGUGCAUUAUAAUGGCGCACACACUUUUGAAGAUCUGGAAAAGUUCGUUAUGAACUAUCUCAAGAAUAAGAUCUCUCUAUCGACUGUUGCGUUCAUACGGGACACGGACACGCCCGUUGUUUACGUGAUUGAUACUGAUAUGGAUGAAAGGAUACUUGUACGGAUUGCGUUUAGAUUGUAUUAUGUGGCGACUGUAGUUAAAAUUGAAGAUGACAUGCGCAAGAUGCUCGCGAAAGAUCUAGAAACUACUUUCGUUCUCAAGUACGGUAAUAGAACUGUAUUGGUGAACAGCACUGAUGAAAAGGCCAUUGUGAAGAAAGUUGUUGAAUCACUACCGCAGAUUGAACAAGUUGGCUUGAAAAAGAUGCAGGACAUUAGAUCUCAAUUACGCAACGGAGGUAGUACUCCCUGGGUUCUUUACUUCUCUACCAAAGGAGAUGAUAAGUUACCAGUGUAUUAUUUGAAGUCUGUUAUGAAGAAUAUGAAAUUUGGAGAAAUAAACUGCGAUAAGCUCGGGGAAUUGUGCCAUUCCUUGCAAAUUAACAAAGCUCCAUCGUGGGGUAUCCUCAAACCGGGUGGUGGUUACCAGAGGUUGUUCUCGGAGCCCACACAGGAGCUGCUGGAGAAGUCCGUGGACGCCUACAACUUGCAUACGCUGUCUGCUUCUGACUUUAAGAAGAUUCUAGAUGACGAUACAACGACUUGGGUGCUCAUAGUAGCCCCGUAUAAGGUGACAUGGCAACACAUGUUGGAGCCCUUUGUAGAAUCAGCACUAGAAUUUAGAGAAGCUGGUGUCAGUUUCGGUAUAAUGAUCUGUACCGUCCAUACGGAUGACUAUUGUCGCAAAGUAUCUGGCAACACUGCUUUGAUCGCGGUGCAAGAAAAGGGCAAAUUACACAAAUUUAGAGGAGAGUCGGACAAGGAAAGCAUCAUCGAGUUCGUCGAUCUGAUCAAAGAUAUUGACAAUUUCGGUUUAACGGAAGAGCAAGUGCUGGAGAUAAGCGACGUGUGGAGCAGAGAGCACACGUGGCUGGUCGCGUUCCUGCCGCGCCACUGCAGCGAGGAGUGCGACAAGCUGCUGCACGAGAUGAGAAUAUCUUCGAAGCGGCUUCGGCCGCUGAAGUUCGUCCGUGUUGGCGCUCUUUGGUGCAAACCAGAACAAACCGGUUUCUGCCAGAACAUCCGUUCGCCAACUCUCCGACUGUAUCCUUUAACUUCGGGACGACAUUUUACUGUAUCACUUCAGCAGCUAUCUAAGGCACCAUACAUAUUGGAGUGGGCGCUCAAUCACAUUGAUGACUCUAUCGUCAAAUUAAACUCGCAAACCUUUGACUAUAGGGUUACUGGCGAGCAAAAGCCCUGGAUUGUAUAUUUCCAUUCACCGAGGUGCUAUAGGUGCUAUGAGCUGUAUCCUGAUUUUGCAAUCAUCGCUCAUCAUCUCAACAAUGUGGUUAAUUUCGGCAAAGUGAACUGCCUGACCGAGCGACACGUCUGCCAACAAGAGUACAUCAACAGCUAUCCCUCUAUACGGAUCUAUUUGAAUAAAAACGAACGCCAGCCAUACAAGGCAGUAGUAAAUCUGCCAGUCAGCGAAUAUUCCCAGCUUCUGUCCGAUCUGAAACCCCAUUUGAGAGAUUACAACGAUGAUAUUUUGGCCAAAUUCGAAAGUAUUAGCGUUAAAAGCCCGUACUUCCGCGAUGAAUUGUAAAACAUUCCAACGAUGAGGUGUCGUUUUUCAAUUAUUAUAUCCAUUAAAAUAUAAGUCUGUAGUGAUUUUACAUGUCCGCCAUAUUGGAUUUAGAAAGGCGUAUUGUAAUCUGUAGAAUCUCGACUGUAUCUGAAUACCUAUAUGUUUAUUAUCAACGUUUUUACACUUUUUUCAUAAAUUAGUCUUUAUUGAGUCUAAUAUUGAGAAUGUUGGGAGGUAAGAUGCGAAAUGUAAACGGGACCAUAUUGAAAGUAGUCCUGUUGAAUUCUAAAUUCGACCUUUGGCGGCAAAUAGUGGUAGCUAGAAUGGAAUUGAAAUUUGGGAUGGUGGACGUAUGGGAAAAUAAUUGUGUGUAGAUCUUGAAUCAGAAUUCUUAAACACGAUCUGAUGUUCAGUGGUAUAACAUAUUAAGUUAACUAUGUAUUCAUAUUUAUGUUAUUAUGAUCUGUUAUGAAUAGUUAUAUAUUUCAUUGCAAUAUUAAUGUUAUUAAUAAAAUGCAAUCUAUUACAAGCACUCUAUACAAUGCGUAAUCAUUUAGUAGUUUUUUUUAUGUGAUACUUUCUAUGUUAAGAUGGAGUAGAAUCCUCCAGUCUUUAUGACAUUUACCCCAUUGCAUUGCAUUGAUAUUUGUUUGAAUAAUCUACUUCUUUAAUUUACCCAGAACGUAACGGAAUAAUUAGGGCAGCUCAAAUUAAUAACAAUGCAAUAGAUGUUUGUUUACUAAAUAUCUUAUUUUUUAAUACCUAUACGAUAUUUAAAUGAUUACUUUAUUUAAUGCUUUUUGAUAAUUUAUAAAUAAAGUUAUCAAUUCCAUACUGGACUUCCUUGUCCUCUUGGUCUAAAAUAAUAAUUUUUUUUUUAUAACCUUUUAGUGUCUAAUGACUUUUAUACACAUCUGAAUGUUAGUUACUAUAUUAAAUCAAUAAUUAUUAUGAGUAGGUCGAUUAGAAAACUAUUUAAAAUUUGCUUGCGGCGCAUCAUCGAUAAAUAUUUUGAUGAUCAUUUUAUAAAUGAACAAAAUUUUAUACUUUUCAUAAUUUUAUACUAAUUCACCACUACUUUAACUAAAUACUUUCCUUGCAUCGUAACUUUGAUCUAUUCUACAAGUGUAGCCUAUGUCAGUUAGUCAGCUCUCUUACAGUAAAAGAAUUUUUAAAAUCAAUUCAAUAGUUUUUGUGUAAAACAAAAACACAUGUACAUCACAACAUUAUAAGAAAAUAUGGCCGGUUCUCGUUCAAUUAAGCUUCAUUGCUAUAGUUCACACUGUCUAAUUAGUAAGACUAUUCAAGUAUUUAGCGCUUAAUAAACUUCAUUAUUCAGUAUUAAUUGUUUGUCAAUUACAUGUACUAACAAUAUGUAAAGAAAUAGCCUUCAACAUAUUUGUAUGUACUUUGCAAUUCAACUCAGAAAUGGAUAGAGAUUGUGACGCCAUAAAAUCAUUUAACUAAAAAUAAUGUUGCAUUAAAAUUUAAUGUUAGUCAACCAAAACUAACUAAUUAACCCACUUUUGAAGUGCAAAAAGGAUUUCUAAAUAAAUCGUAUAUUGCAAACAACCUAAGGCAUUUGACUAAUAUGUAAAAUCAUUGACAUUCCUAUUCUUAGUUGAAUUGAAUAGUAUAUAAUGACAUAUUUUAACUGUGACCACAUUAUACAAAAUGAUUAAAUGAAAAUAAAACUCAAUAAAAUUGUA